GUGCAACCUGCCAGUGGACAUUAACUCCAAGCUACAGCGUGGUCCCUUGUGUCAAACUCCACUGAAAGUUUUCACAGGAGAAACGUCAAACAAAAUGUCUGCAAUAAUUCGGAGGAUUAUUAUCAACACUGCUGCUGCUCCGGCUGCUAUCGGCCCUUACAGCCAGGCCGUGGUGGUGGAUCGCACCAUGUACAUUUCAGGGCAGCUUGGAAUGGACUCAGUAACAGGUCAGUUAGUAUCAGGAGGUGUCCAGGCCCAGGCUAAACAGGCCCUUAUUAACAUGGGAGAGAUUCUGAAAGCAGCCGGAUGUGGAUAUGAAAAUGUUGUUAAGACCACUGUGCUCUUGGCAGACAUGAAUGACUUCAACAAUGUCAAUGAUGUUUAUAAGCAGUUCUUCAGCAGCAACUUCCCAGCUAGAGCUGCUUAUCAAGUUGCUGCUCUGCCUCGAGGUGGCCUUGUUGAGAUCGAGGCAGUCGCUGUGUUGGGACCCAUAACAGAUGCAUCCUGACUAACUGCUACAAACACAGCCAAAUUGUAAAGCUAGAAUUGGAUUGGAACCAGAUCCUUGCCAGCCUUCAUCUUAGGAUACCUUUAUAAUUUAUACACAGCAGUACUGCAACACGUCAUUGACCUUAUAAUUCAUUGUGCACUUGUUAAAUUGAUGUUUUUUUCCUAUUUGUACUUUCCAUGAUUUGGAAAUCUCUGCAUCUCUACAUCAGCUUCAUCUAUUCCAUGAUAUAGUGUAAUGCAGGUUUAUUGCUUGAUUUGAAUUUGCUUUACAAUACAAUAUUUCUGUCUUGCUAAGUUAUAAUUUCAGUUAAAUCAACACUAUCACUGAGUGAUCUGUAUUUCUUACACUACAGUAUUAAAAGUACACAUGAAUAAAUUUUAACCUUA